UCUCUCCCUCUCCUUUCCUCUCUCUGAAAUCAAUAAAAAAUCUAUUUUUUAAAAAUACAAAGGGAUUUGAAUGAAGAGAAACAUGAACUUGAAGCUAGCCAGGUUCAUAGUCCCCAGUUGGGACUCAGGGUUAAUACAACGUGUUCAAGCCCAACCUCUUGGCCAGCGCUGGGUACGGAAGUAGGGGCUGCUGUAAAUUCUAGUUCCACCCCAUGUUGACCUGAGUGAGAUGCACUCAGCCAUAUCCUAUUCAUAAAUAGCUGUAGUUCAAAGCCCCAAGUGCACAGGGAUGGCCCUUCGCAGUGAGGAAGGGCCCAGAAAACCUUGGCUUGUUACACUUUUACCAUCCCCGAUUAAGUUUCUAUGCAAAGUUGCAUGAGAAAAAUAUUCAGCCAUUAGAAUAGGCUCAGAGCUGGCCAGAGCUUUCGAAUUUCCCUUUUUCUGAUGCACAGUCUUUUAGGGGCAGGGGCAUGAGCCACAAACCCCCAGGCUGCCUGAGUGAGAACCAGAAGGGCGCACCUCUCCUCAACCCCGGGGCAUAAGCCUGAGCCACGCCUGGCAGCGAGGUGCAGGAGAGAGGAGGGAGACGCUCUUGCCGCUGACCUUCAAAGGAUGUAGACCGGAGGAGAUCAUGUUACUUGCCCUUGAACUCCUGCCCCUCCCCCUUCAGCUUCCUCUGAAAGGAGUCAGGAAUUCCAUUCACAAAAUGGAUGCAUGAAUGAGCCCACUCUCCCGCCUCCUCCCGGAGGUGUCAGGUUUCACCAUCUCAUUCAUAGGUGGGAGUGGAGGGCCGAAGGGACUGGAACUUGAAUGGGUGGCUUCACACCACCAACUCCUCCAGGUGGAGUGGGGAUGUUUCAAUCCUAUGGAAUGGAAUCAGAUGGAGUGGAAUGUGCUCUGCUGUCAGAGCUGGAAAAAAAAAAAAAAAAAAACCCGGCCCAGUGCCCACUGCCUCUUCCCUAGUUACAGAUCCAUGCAGUCGCUCCCUCCCACCCACUCUCCUUUCCUCCACUGAUUCCUCCCUCCCUCAUAGAACACACUGGGCAGGGAAUCUGACCUGCUGACCGGAGGUUAGCCCAUUCCAAGGGAGUCUUAGACAUGGACACUGUACCCUUUCCCCGGAGGUUCAUCUCUAUCCCUGCCUCCUCCCCCUAAACUCACAGGAAACAGCUGCUCCCUGGAAUCCUGGGCCUUGUGGAACAGCUUUACCCAGCCCCAGCUGCUGCCAUCCCUGCCCCCUGGCUCAGCCCUCAAGCUGAAGGGUUCCAGCCUCACACCCCCUCUGGGUGAACUUCCCCUGGGACUGUGGUAGGCAGGCAGCUGGGAACAGAACCGGAAAGCAGGCCGGCAGGAAGUUCUUAAGUGUGCUGCCCCCACCUCCACCCCAGCCACCUAUAACAUCCCCCUUCUUUCUCUACCCCCAGAUGUCCCUGGGUGUGCGUCCAUGUACCUACACACAGAGGGUUUCCCCGGACCCUCUCCAGGCUAUGGCUAUGAGAAACCUGUGCGACCAUUCCCAGAUGAUGUCUGUGUCGUCCCUGAGAAAUUUGAAGGAGACAUCAAGCAGGAAGGGAUGGGAGCGUUCCGAGAGGGACCGCCCUACCAGCGCCGGGGUGCCUUGCAGCUGUGGCAGUUUCUGGUGGCUUUGCUCGAUGACCCAACGAAUGCUCACUUCAUUGCCUGGACGGGCCGGGGGAUGGAGUUCAAGCUAAUUGAGCCUGAGGAGGUCGCCAGGCUCUGGGGCAUCCAGAAGAACCGGCCCGCCAUGAACUACGACAAACUGAGCCGCUCACUCCGAUACUAUUAUGAGAAAGGCAUCAUGCAGAAGGUGGCUGGAGAGCGUUAUGUAUACAAGUUUGUGUGCGAGCCUGAGGCCCUCUUCUCUCUGGCCUUCCCGGACAAUCAGCGUCCAGCUCUCAAGGCCGAGUUUGACAGGCCGGUCAGUGAGGAAGACACAGUCCCUUUGUCCCACUUGGACGAGAGCCCUGCCUACCUCCCAGAGCUGGCUGGUCCUACCCAGCCCUUUGGCCCCAAGGGUGGCUACUCCUACUAGCCCCCAGCAGCUGCUCCC